CAUCCAUUUCAACUUCAAGAUUUUUGGCAUGUUUGAUAACAAUAAUUGUUUUUAUAACUUAUCAGUAAAUAAUUUGCCGCGAUGUGUAUAAAAUGAAGUUGAAGAAUAUAGUAUCAGUGGCACGGCUAUUUUUAUCUCUUUUAUAGUAUAAACAGUUUUGUAGGUUGUGUUUUAUUGUAGGGGCAAUUUAUAGUAUUGUAUGUAAUAUUUCAAACUUAAUAGCUAUUGAAGUUUUUCCAAUUACUAAAGUAAAUUUACAACAAUAUAAUAUUUUAAAAUGGUUUCUCGGAAAAGAGUUUUUGACUUGUUAAGGACUAUUAAUAUUGCUUCUUGCCAAUGUCCAGCACAUGGCCACAGAGGUAACUUUCAUGUUACUAAUACAGCAAUAUCCAAGGAUUAUGCCUUUGAGAUAAAAUCCACAACAGUGAGAUACGGCCUCGGAGUCACAAAGGAACUUGGACAAGAUCUGGUCAACCUGGGUACCAAAAAUGUGUGUGUGAUGACCGAUGCCAACUUAGUCUCCCUGAAGCCCAUGAAAGCUGUGUUGGACUCGCUGACAAGAAAUGGUGUCAACUACAAAGUGUAUGACAGAGUUAAAGUAGAACCUACUGAUUCUAGUUUCAAGGACGCCAUCGCAUUCGCCAAGGAGGGUCAGUUCGACGGGUUCGUGGCCGUGGGCGGCGGGUCCGUUAUGGACACGUGCAAGGCAGCGAACCUUUACUCCUGCGACCCGCGGGCGGAGUUCCUGGACUACGUCAACCAGCCGGUGGGCAAGGGGAAGCCUGUCACUGUGCCUUUGAAUCCCUUGAUUGCCAUCCCAACAACAAGCGGCACGGGAAGCGAAACAACAGGACUGAGUAUAUUUGAUUUCGAAGAAAUCCGCGCAAAGACCGGCAUAUCGCACGGAUCUCUGCGCCCCACGCUGGCUCUCAUAGACCCAUUGCACACGCUCUCAGUUCCACGGAACGUUGCCAUAUUUUCCGGAUUCGACGUAUUCUGUCACGCCCUGGAGAGUUUUACGGCUAUUCCGUAUACGGAAAGGGGGCCGGCGCCGGAAAAUCCGAAACUGCGGCCGGUCUAUCAAGGCAGCAAUCCUAUAUCAGAUGUAUGGGCACGAUUUUGUUUGCAGACCCUUCGCAAAUAUUUUUCCCGUUCCGUGCAUAACCCGGACGACAUCGAGGCGCGGUCGAGCAUGCACCUGGCGGCCACCAUGGCGGGCGUCGGCAUCGGCAACGCGGGCGUGCAUCUGUGCCACGGCCUGGCCUACCCCAUCGCCGGCAACGUGAAGGACUACAUCCCGGACGACUAUGGCACCGACCCAAUAAUACCCCACGGGCUAGCGGUAUCCAUAACAGCCCCAGCAGUGUUCCGUUUCACGGGCAACAGCGAUCCUGACAAGCAUCUCGAAGCAGCACAACUUUUGGGCGAAGACAUCGCUGCGAAGAAACGAAGCGACGCCGGCAAUGUACUGGCUGAAGUCAUAUUAAAGUAUAUGGAUCUUUUGGGUAUUGAGAACGGGUUGGAUGCCUUGGGGUAUACUGCUGACGACAUACCCGCUUUGGUGAAAGGAGCAUUGCCACAGCAUCGGCUGUUACAAUUGACGCCAGUACCACAAUCUGAAGAAGACUUAUCCAAACUAUUAGAGAAUUCGUUGACCAUAUAUUAAGUGAAUUGUGAUCAUAAUAUUAAAAUAAGAUGAAAUUGUUAUAUAUUUUUGUUACCAAUUUAUUCACUGUUAUCAAUAAAACAAUAUAACAA